GUCAGUCGUUGUUGCUAGCAUACGUCACGGAGUUCCUGUAGCGCUGCUCUUCACCGCACUUCUCACCCCCUCAGUUAAGCAAAAAAAACGGAAGUAAUCAGCACAAAAAACCUAUAAGCACGGCAAUUAAAAAACAUUUCGAAAACUGUGCAAAAAGCCUUGCUGGUGCAAAAUAUUGCAGAGAAUACGGGGAGAUUCCGACACCGAUCGAUCAAUAAACUCCGGGCAGCAACUUCUACGCUACGAAGAAAUCAAAAAAGAGAAAGAAACAGAAGAAGAUAAGACAAGAAAACAGCGUACAAACCAGUAACAGAAACAAAUACAAAAAGAAUUAAAUAAAAGACUGAGCAACGUUCAAGCAAAUCCAAGGAACAAAAACCAACAGCAACAUAAGCAAUCUCCCCCACAAAACGUCUCUCUCUAACUGUGAAACUAGGCCCACAAAAAAAAAUCCGAGUGGAAAAGCGCAACUUUGAUCUCAGCAAGAAGCAAUACAACAAUAAGACAAAAGAAGAGCCAGCGCACUUUACCGCCGGAUCAGCCGCAUUAACCCCGUAUAAUGUUAAGCAGCCUCGCCUCGUAUCUCUUUGGAUCAGCCACAUCCGAUUCCAUUAGCCAAGAAGCCAAGCCCGCCCAGAAUCAACCCAACUCGAAUCCCGGCCCGACCAGCGAUCCCGCAGCUGGCGAUGUAAUUGAGGUCACCUCCUCGACGCCCUCGGUAGCGGGCAGCAAUCGUGGCGCGGUACGCGCCGCCAACGGCAAGCGGGGCAAGAACAGGCGUGGCAAGCAGCAGCAGCGGUCCAACCUGCAGCAGCAGCAGCAGCAGCGGAAGCAGCAGCCAGCGAUCACCAAGUUGCUGACGCCCGCGGGCGAGAUCACCGACGAGGACUUCGACGAGGACGAAUGGUACAUUGUGGAGAACGAUGUCGAGGAGUACGACUCCCUGCCGCGCAGCGACUCCGAGGAGGAGCUCUCCGUGGUGGAGGUGUCGCAGCCGCGUCCCUCUGCAUUGGCAACGGUGCCCACUGGCACCACAGCGGCCAGCUGCCGUCGCCGGCAGGGCGUCAACACGUAUUCACUGUACAGUGGGCCGCGGCCGCAGCAGCAGCGCAACUAUCUGCAACGCUCGCGCGUCUCGAGGCCGCUGAGCAUCAGCACCCUCAGCCCGCCCAGAAGUGUGCCCGCUCUGGGGGCAGGUGAUCCUGACACUCUGACCCAGUCGCUGUACGUGGCCUCGCCGAGCGGCAGUGACCAGAGUCAGGGUGCUAACGUGCUGAUGGAGGAGUCCUGGUACGUAACACCGCCACCAUGCUUCACCUCGAUUGGGCCAAUCAAUAUGGAAACAUCACCAUUUGAGAAUCUAUUGAUUGAGCAUCCAAGCAUGUCCGUUUAUCGUAGUAUUAGGUCCACCCAGGAGGGAACCGAAAGUUUUGUUAAUCUUGAUCUCGGUGUGUCGGCGGAGGUGCCGCAGCAGCGGGAGGAGCCCGAGUCGCAGGCUGAGGAGCCACAGGAGCAGCGCCAGGUGCUCCAGGAGCAGCGUGCCACCAACGCUCGCUUCGAUCGCCAUGCGGCUGCCCAGCUGAAGCAGCAGACGCUGGCUCGUCAGAGCCAGAAGAGCAACAACAAGAAGCAGCACCAGCAGCUAUGCCGCAGUGCCAUCAAGCGGGCCAACAAGGUGCGCGACUUCCAGGCCAAGGCCAACCGCCCGCGCCGCUCGGAGAUGCAGCACUGCAAGCUGGUCAGCGGCGCCAACAACAACCGCAGCAAGUGCUGCUACUAGGCGUGCACCACCCAAAACCACCCAACACACAACACACAACACCACCACCACCACCACGCCUCCAGUGCCCCAAGAGCGCCGAAGGAGGAGCAUUACAAUCAUGGCAGGCGACGCGAUUUUAAUUAGUAUUUUAACCCAAAACCCCCCAAAA